AUGGCUGUUGAGAAAUACAUUGAAGCUGGUGACAAGCUCAGUGACGAGCAGUUGUACGAAGAGGCUAUUGAACAAUAUGAUUUGGCGCUUAAAGAGAAUCCAAAAGCUUUCAAAGCAUUAAUUGCAAAAUCAAUAGCAUUACAACGUAACAAACAAUUGGAUGAAGCAUUGAAGGUUGUCUGUAAGGCAUUUGAUGUUGCAAAGCAAAGGGGUAGUAGAGAAUCAAUCGGACUGGCUUAUUUCAGACUUUUUACAAUUUUCCAUAAAAAGGGUGAUUAUCAAACUGCUAUAAAGUAUCUCAAUUCUGCUAAAGAUUUAGGUCAUGACCCAAAGGCAAUUGAUCUAUGGGCUUUCCAAGUCAAAAGAAAAGUUGAAAAAACUGAUUUGAAAGACUUUGAUUAUGAAGCUAGAGAGACUUCAAAACCUGAAGGAUUUGAAGAGGAAGAACCAGAAGAAAUCCCACAAGAGCCAAAAAAUCCAAAAGAACCUAAAAUUGCUGAAAUCAUAGAAGAAGAACCUCCAAAACCAACCAUAACUGAACCUCUUCCGACUCCAUUUGAACAAAAAUCACCAAACUUCAAAAUUGAUUGGUUUCAAUCGUUGGAUAAAAUUACAGUCACUCUUUUUGUUAAAAACAUUCCAAAAGAUGAUUCAUUAAAGAUCAAGUACAGAAAGCAAUCAGUUUCAAUUGAAUUCCCUACUGCAUCAAGCUCAGAAUUCCAAUAUGAUAUUGGACCCUUAUUUGGCGAUAUCAAACCAGAAGAGUCAACUCAUCAAGUCUUCUCCACUAAAUUGGAACUAUCCUUAGCUAAAGCUGUUGAAAGUAAAUGGAAAGAAUUAACAAGAAAAAGUGAUGAAGAACCAGCUCAAGAACAAAAAACAACAGAACCAAUCCCAAAAUCAGUUUUAACAUAUCCAAACUCUGCUAGAAAUGCAAAAGAUUGGAGUAAAUUAACUCUAGAUGAUGAUGACGACGAAUCUGAAAAAAAAGAUGAGAAUUCGUUCUUCGCUGAAUUAUACAAGAAUGCAGAUGAUGAUACUAAACGUGCUAUGAUGAAGUCUUAUGUUGAAAGUAACGGUACUGCUUUAAGUACUAAUUGGGGUGAAGUGUCCAAGAAAACUGUUGAAACUUCACCACCAGAUGGAUUAGAAGCAAAAAAAUGGUGA